AUGACUUUGGAGGAUGAGGAAGCACCUGCAAUCAUUGAUUUGACUUCACCAAUGAAAAAGAAAAAUAGCGGGAAAACUUGGCGCCAAUUGUUUUUUUCUUUCCUAUAUUUAAACCUAACCCAUUAUCCUCCUUCAUCUUCCCAUCCCCUAAUCAUCGGUCUUUCCAUAAACCCAUUAAGCUUUUCCUUCACGCUUCCUCAUCGUCUCAUCAGAAACAGAAUGGCAAGCAACAGCCCCGAAAUCAACGAGCCACCAACCAAACUCCCAAAGCUUCACGAAAAUGGCGCCCACGAAGUUUCUCAGAGCAACAUUUCAUUUUUCCGAGUGAAAAAGCUCUCUGAAAACGCUGUUUCUCCAUCAAGAGCCUCUCCUCUCUCUGCGGGUUACGAUCUCUCGAGUGCGACGGAGACGAAGGUUCCAGCCAGAGGAAAAGCUUUGGUCCCAACUGAUCUGAGCAUCGCUGUAGCCGAAGGAACCUAUGCAAGAAUCGCUCCUCGAUCAGGGUUGGCGUGGAAGCACUCGAUUGAUGUGGGAGCAGGAGUGAUAGAUGCUGAUUACAGGGGUCCCGUCGGGGUUAUACUGUUCAACCAUUCGGACUUUGACUUUGAAGUCAAACGUGGAGAUAGGAUUGCUCAACUGAUAAUUGAGAAGAUAAUAACCCCUGAUGUCAUGGUGGUUGAUGAUUUGGAUGCCACCGUCAGAGGCACUGGAGGCUUUGGCUCUACAGGCGUUUAGACUCAUUUUUAGUUCGAUAUCUGGUUAUAAAUUAGGUGUAGGCAAAUAACUUAAUAUCUUUAGGAAAACAAGAAAAGUUCGGUUUGUAGUUUUGUCAAACAGUUGGUGGACUGUUAUAACCGUUCUAUGUUUUCAGUGUAUCUUGGCAGAGCUAAGAAGUUGUGGAAUACAGUUUUGAUUGGUGUAUGUAUUUAUCAGAAUCGAUCUAACUUGAUAAACUUCUUAAUCCUCUUGCUAA